AUGACAGCCCAUACCGACCCAUAUGGGAGAUUAUCUCAUUUCUCUUUUGUUUCUUUCUUACCACAGGUGAAAAUUAUUAUGUCUGAAGAAAAAAAGUGGUGGCAUCCAAACAAAUUACCACCAAGAGGUUACCAAUCCAAUGUUAUUCAAGGUCAUGAUAGAAAAUCAUUUUAUCCAUUCAAUAGUGAAUUGGGUUAUAGAAUUUUCAAAAGAAUAAUUGAAAUGAAGCGAACAAGUAUGGAACAGCAAAACAAUGAAGAAAAUAUAUAUCGUGUAAAAUAUGUUGAUCAAAUGAAUCAAGAUGAGCAUUUUCUUUUGAAGCAAGGUGUUUGUUCGCAGAAAUCUAAAUCAAUUUCGUCGAAUUCUGCGUUCAAUCAGUUUAGAUCCAUAGAAAAUAUGCCGGAAUUUCAUUUAAAUCUAAAAUGUGAUAUCGAUGAUCUAGAGGAACCGUAGUUGUAGUGGAAUUUGUGUUGUGAAAGG